GCAGUUAAGUUGGCGUAAGAAGAAGGGCUUAAUUGCUUUGAUCCCCGAGUUCAAGGGCUUAUAUGCAUCAAUUACAGUCUAGGGGCUUAAUAGCGAUUCUGGGGUUGGUUCAGGGGCUUAACUUAUGGUUUUGCCAAAAAAAAGGGGGGAAAGGCAUCUCGAACCUUCUCCUUUUUCUUCCAUUUUUUAAUUUUCUCUCUCCUGAACCGGCUUUCUCCCCCAAACCAGCCGGCAGCCACAUGCCCAGCCAUAACCUGCAAUCAUACCUCCCUACUCCCCCCUCUUGCGCCCGGCCUUGCUCUGCCCUAACCGCUACCACGCCUGCACCCCUUUUGUUGUACCCGAGCCUGCAACCUCCUACGCCCAGCCCAGAUCCUCUGCACCGAACCAGCCUCCACCCUCCUCUGCAUCAAUCUCCUGCUUCCUCUCCCCUCUGCAUCAAUCUCCAGCUCUACACCGUGCCAGCCUUCCUCUGCACCAGAUCCCUUCGCCUCUACACCAGAUCUCCUCUCCUCUGCGCCACCCAUGCUGGCAAUCAUGUCCCUUUGCACGCCAGGAUCACUGGCAAUCAUACCCCCUCUGCACCGAGCCUGCGCGCAAUCAUGCACUCUAGCGCCCCUUGCUCUGCGCCCCUGCCUCCUACACGCUGCACCUACUCCCCUGCACCGAGCCUACACUCCUUUUACUGCACCACCUUGCUGCGCCUCCUGCACUCUGUGCCCAAUCCCGUGUCCCUGCUUCUUGCACGCUACAGCCAUGUAGAAAAGACAGUGUAUACCAGACAAAUCGGCAUCCUCAGAAGAAGUUUUUUUUAUGUUAUUUUAUUUUUAUUUUAUUAUAUUGUUUGGGUAUAUAUAGAGUAAAAAACAGAAUAAAGAGUGGGGAUUUUCUGGUUGAUUUUCGGGUUCUCUUUUUUGGGAGCUGGAAGGAGUCUUCUCUUGGUUUUGAGUGUGGUAUUGACGACGGCCUAAAAGAGUGUUUUUCUGUUGAAAGAAGAUUGGUGUUUGAGAAAGGAGAUUUACGGGCUGCAAGAGGUAUAACUCUGAACAGAGGAUUUUUGUUGGGAAAAUGGUGAAGGAGAUGGUGGAAGCUUGAUCCCGUGGGUGGGAUCCCUUCCAUCAGAUCCAGAUCUAUUUUUCUUUCAAAAAUUUGCCGUGUUUGUUUUCCUCUGCGUGUUUAUUUUUUUUUAUCUGAUGUUAAGAUUGAAUGUGUUUUCUUGAAAAAUGAAUGAAAAGCCAAAAGAAAUUGUCCAGUUCGUC